UUCCUUUUACUGCUUUUUACAACUUCCUACAUCCGGCAGCCCUAUUCAAAUAAUAAUCCAGUCGAACAGCUGUCAGCAAAACUCGUUUGUUGACAUUUUAUGCGAUUACCUUAUUCUACGAAUUUUCAAUAAUACAACAAAAAGAAACAAAACAACACAGUCGAAAAUCAAAUAAUUUUGUUUCAUCAAUUGGUUUUUGUGCAUCGGUUAAAUUUGCUAGGCGGAAGGAAAUAUUUUUUUUCUGCAGUAGCUCCGUUUCUUUAAAGUAUUCACAAAAUUUGAAGUGAAAAGAAUUUUUGUGAAAAACUUUAUGAACGUUUAAAAAUUGCACGGGCGAAGCGAAAAUCUUUGAGUGAAAUAUAUAAAGUUGCGACGACAAAAGUGUUUUUGUUUGGUCGCACUUUGGCCAAACGAGGCAGUGUGACGUGAGCAGGAACUAUGUAUGUACGCGAGUGCACAAAGUAGAGCAAUUAAUGCAGGCUAAAUCGUAAGAAGCUUGGUGGUGUGCGGUGCAGUCCUGAAACCGGGGCGUUUUUAAAAUAGUCAGCGGUGGAUUAACAUAUCGUUGUUUCGAAGAGGCUCCAAGGGAAAAUUAAGAACUGCAAAAAAAGACUAAAAAAAAAACAAGUUUGUUGAAAUUAUGAACAGUGAACGGCAAAAAGAGUUAAAGUGAGUGAACAACCAAGCGGUGGGCAAAUAGAGGACGGAAACAAAUAAAAGCAAAGCAGCUCAACGUAAGCGACAAAGACACAAAAAAAAAGGAAACAACAACAAGAAGCAAACGAUAAAUCGGCAGGUGAAUAUGGAGUGCAUUGAGUCGCAAGCUGUGGCCACAGAAAGUACUACUAAUGGUAUUCCGAACGGUAGGGAAAAAUUGCAAGUAGAAAGUUUAAAAUCAAGGUCAAACGGUCAGACACUUCAAACCGUUAUAACUCCACCGCCUACACCUACGCCUGCAUCUUCUUCAGCCGCUUCGACAGCUUCAUCUGCUGAUCUAGCAGACGUCUCGGGACGCGAUCAAACAAUGUCUGAGCCGCCAACUGACGAGCAGAAGACCGAGCAAACUGAGCCGGCAUUGCAACUUAUCUACGCAGAACUGCUCGAGCAAUGCGCUGAGCAUGCGGAGCACUUCAGAGAGGAUCACUCCGAAAAAGGACAACGUUUGUAUGCGGCAUUUGUUGCUUGGCAGGAUUUCAUACGCUUGGCCAACAAACUAGUGUUGCAAAUUGAAGCCUUCGCUCACAAGUAUGAUUUUGAUGAGCAUACACCGGGUAACGGUUAUCGCAGUUUUAUUUCUGUUACGAAUUCCUGCAUUACUUAUGGCAAAAGUAUAUGCAAGAAUCUGCAUGCAACGCGUGCCGCUAUGUUCUUUCGUAAGAAACAUUACAUGAAGGAGGUGGAGUCGUGUUCGCAGUUGCUCUCCUCGUUAUGUAGUUGCUUGCAUUAUUUACUCAUAAUGCACGAUUGGUCGUGUGACUCGGGUGAUCUCUUUGCCAACGGACAGCACUCGGCUGAGGAGCUCUUCGAGAUGGGCGAUACAAUCAAUCAGUAUGCGUUCUACGGGCGCUGUCUUGGGUUUCAGUAUGACAAUUCUCUUCGCGGUGUUUUACGUUUCAUUGCGAUUGGCAUGGCGAGCUUCUCCGAGGUGUUUUAUGCACAAACCGAAGGCAAAAUAACAAAGACAACACGUAGCUUGUGGACCGGCAGCAAAUACUUUUUGAAUCCGGAGCAAUGUGCGCGACGCAUUGUGAAUAUUUCGCAGAAUGCGAAAAUCGAUUUUUGCAAAGCUUUCUGGUUUCUAGCCGAGUCGGAGAUGAUGCACACCAUACCGACUAUUGUUGGUAGCUCGGUGAAGGUGAAUCGCGUGAUUGACAUACCAUCUGAGCCGUUACAGUUGCCACGGGUUAAUAAGACACAAAAGUUACGCGCGGCUACAGCGACCGAUGUCAACCAGAACGACAAUGCCGAGCUGAUCGAUAUACCACUGCCUACGGCGCACAUUGGACCUGGCAACUCUGUAAGGGUACGUUUGCUAAGUUAUUCGCGUCGCGAAGGCAUGAUUGGCGAGGGCAUAUUCACGCGUGGUUGGCGCCGCAUACCGGCGCGUAGUCGUAGCGUACUUUUUCAUUGCCAUGGUGGUGGUUUUGUAGCACAAUCAUCGAAAUCUCAUGAGCUCUAUCUACGCGAUUGGGCUGCAGCGCUCGAUGUGCCCAUAAUAUCCGUGGAUUAUAGUCUUGCGCCCGAAGCGCCUUUCCCACGCGCACUCGAAGAAGUUUUCUACGCUUAUUGCUGGAUGUUGCGUAACGCCGAACAUUUAGGCACUACUGCGGAGCGGAUUGUACUCGCUGGCGAUUCAGCUGGUGCCAAUCUUUGUAUUGGCGUUGCUUUAAAAUGCAUUGAGCAGGGUGUACGUGUGCCUGAUGGUUUGUUUUUGGCCUACUGUCCGACACUAAUCAGUUUCGUGGCAAGUCCUGCGCGUCUAUUGUGCCUCAUGGAUCCGUUGUUGCCUUUUGGCUUUAUGAUGCGUUGCUUGCGCGCCUAUGCCUCACCUGGGCGUGAGCAGAUGGAAGAGAAUUCCAAACAUAUAGCCGAAAUGUCUGAUAUACGUAAUGCAACACCAUCGCAGGAACGUCAUUUUACGCUGCAAAUGGAAAAGGAGUAUAGUGCAACAUCUAGUGGACGAACAUCGGCGGCAAAGAGUCCGAUUUCAUCGGUGGCGGAGAACUCCAAGUGGGAGCAAAUGUUAAAAGACGGCACAGCUCUGGAUGUGAAUGCUGUCGAAGCAGACGCCAAAACGGAGGACAGCAGUGAUACAUUUGCCAGCGCAUCCAAUCAAAACAGUCAGACUGUUGAACGCACCGAUUUACCCUCCGCCGAAGAAGAUAACAGUCUGUGCGUUUCCUUUGAGGAUGAUUCCCAACCAAUUGUACACUAUCCCAUACAACUUACCGCCGAUCUACAAAAAGACUCCGAUUCAGAGCAAUACAUCGAUCGUUUUCUAGAUAAAUAUCUCAUUGACACCAAUACACAAGAGGCUAAAGAGCAGCAAGGUAAUGGCACAACAUGUUUGAAUGGCAUUACAUCAACAAUAGCGCGUACAGCAUCAGAGGAGAAUAUAAUCAUUGAUACGGGCAAAGAAGUAAUUGCGUUCGAAACGUUACAUGGACGAUUCAACAAUGCCUUCAAUGCGCUUACAACAACAUUUGAUCGUUACACCAAAUCCAGUGAGAUACGCGGCGUGAAGGAGGCAUCCGAGCGUAUACAGGAUUUGCGUAACAUGGACGCAUUGAUAGCACGUAGCCCUAGUUUAGAGUUUGCCUUUCAAGUGCCAAAAGAUCCAUUCCUAUCGCCCUAUUGGGCUAGCGAUGAGUGGCUAAAGCAGUUGCCGAAUACGAAGAUAUUGACACUCGAUAUGGAUCCUUGUCUCGAUGAUUGCGUUAUGUUUGCGCGUAAACUAAAGAAACUAGGCCGACCAGUAUCCUUAGAGAUAUUGAAGGGCUUGCCACAUGGUUUCCUUAAUUUUACAAUGUAUUCAAGUGAGGCGCGUGACGGCUCCAAGCAAUGUAUUCAAAACCUUAAAGAACUACUAGCGAUUCCGGCGGAUACAUCAAGAAGCAGUAAAUAAUUAAUACAACAGCAAUUUCAUAAUAUUUUUGCAAUAAGUCCAUUCAAAUACUUUAUAAAUUAUUAAGACAGUUUAAAAAAAAUCACAUAAAAACAGUA